GGGGGGGGGGGAGGGAGGGAGAUCUGAUGUACUUGCUUCCGGAUUUCUGCAUACUGCUUCAUGAAGGUUGCCGUAGAGCAUAAAGAUACCAUGGAAAGAAACUGUGAGGCAUCCAUAAAAUGCUUCCAGAACAAGGGUUAUCCUUGCAAUCUGUAUUUUAAUGGUAACUCUCUUGAAGGCUUUCCAGGGCUCCAAGAGGGCAUCUAUGCUCACCCAGGUGGAACUGUUACAAAACCAGAGGCCACAUUAAGCAGCAAGCCUCCUGAAUCUUCUGAAGAAUCUAAACAAAGAGCUGUCAGUCAUGACUUUGGCUCAUGGUCAGCCUUCUAUCCCGAUUCUAGUAAUAUGCUGACGCACCAACCUACUGCCUUUGAGGGACGGUUCUAUCCAUUUGCAAUAAAUUAUCAAUUUCAGUAUACCCCGUCAAACAUGUUUCCUCCAAAUUAUCCACAUGAUUACUGCUUCCAAGAUUUUCAAUGCUUUAUUGUUAUUGAUUUUGAGGCAACGUGUGACAAAGAAAAGAAUCCUCAUCCACAAGAGAUAAUUGAGUUCCCAUCAGUAAUAGUGAACAGCAUUACUGGACAGUUGGACGCAUGUUUUCAAACAUAUGUGCAACCAACUUGCAACCAACUCCUGAGUGAUUUCUGCAAGGAUCUGACAGGCAUCCAACAAAUUCAGGUUUGUUUUGAAUGUAUUUCAAUCAUUUUGUUCGUGCUUGUCGAGAGAGAGAGAAAAAAAAGUUACUGAAGGUGAUACCCAUAUAAGACUAGUAGAUUUCCAUCGAGAGAGAGAGAGAGAGAGAGAGCAUAUACUGAGAUGGGUUUCUUCAGGGGGAUAGAGCACAUAUUGAGAUCGUUUCUUCGGUCCAAUACUUUCUUGGUUACGCUUCAAAUUCAUUGUGGAAGAAAAUUCACAAGGCUAUAUUCCAGGCAUAAAACCACGAUGGUGUGCAGUGUGCUACUUGGCUUGAAUAAGGUAGUUGAUAAGGAUUAGGAUAAUUUGCUUGGAUUUUAAAUUUCAA